AUGUCAACACCCGGUGCGGACCUGGGCAGUCAGGUCCCCAAUGGCCCUAUCGGUGAGCCAUCUGGGCCGACUACACCCGCCGCCGUGCUAGAAUCGCAAGAGACACUCCCCUCCACCGAAGCGCCUGCAUCCCCGAGUGAAACAUCAGGGAUGCGCAAGGCAGACCGCGUCGACGAGCGCCCGGAAUCAGCCGUUAUUCCAUCCUCCCUCACGCCACCACCAUCUUCUCAACUCCCCACCGUUAACGGCGGUGCAACACAUACAGAUUUGCCUAACCCCACCAGGGCCAGCAUUCUAUCACCCCCUGACACUAGCCUUCCCAGCUCUCGGAGGCCGCAAAAUGCCGCGCCGCCGUUUGCACCCCCAGCGCCGGACGAGGUCAUCGAGGCGUCGCCAGCCCAGUUGCGGCUGAUGGUGGAGCGCCUGAUUGUCGAGAACAGGCGAGUCAAUGCCGAGAUCGCAUCCCUCAAGAUGCAGGUCCAUAUGUCCGACUUUCACCGCGCCGAGGCUGCCAAAAUACACAAGGUUGAGCAGGAGAUGCUUUGCCGCGAGAUUGAGGCCCUUCGAUCGGCCGAGCACGCGAGGCAGGCUCGCCGGGAGUUGAGCUCGGUCUCGGAUUCAUUCCAGGCCAAACACUACCAGCUCAAGGUGGCUCACGACGAACUCAUUGGCGAGCAUGCGGUUGUCCGGAAGCGGCUCAAGGCGGCCAAGAAACUCAUCCAGGCCAAAGAAGAAGAGAUUGAGAAUUUGAAGGAUGACAAAGAGGAGCUUCUGAUACGCCUGCGGGAGAACAGAGAUCACCUUAACGCCUUCCGCAGCCCCGGUGGCAUCUUCCACGGGGGCGUGACACCCAAGGCCCAGGGCGCGACUUCGCCAACACAGCCGCGUCAUACUCCCCGGCAAAACUCCAAGGCACCGCGACGUGAACCUCGGGUCGCCCAAAACCAUAACGAAGCCCCGUUCACCAUGCUGCUCGAAGUUCUGAACGCCGAGAACAACAGUGCCCCCUCGACCCCGACCACAGCUGCCCGGCCAAUGCCCAAAAUCACGUCUAAGCACACCAGGAACGUACAGUCAAUGUCAGCGCUCCCCAUAACGCCCGCGACACGACCGCGCACAGAUUACGGCGGUCUCCUCCCCUCUGCGGAUCUGGUACCACAGUCUGAGCCGCCACACAGAUACGGUGGGAACCGCAUGCAGCUCGUACCUUCUACACCGGUCAGGGACAGCGGGCGUAAGAGCAGGGAGAGUACAAUCUCGGUUGAUGACAACGCCGAGCUAGCGCGUCAGGCGUUGGCAUCCGUCGCAGCACAGGCCCAGUCGUUUGCCGCGUCGCACCAUGCCGCCAUCGGCGCUGGCAGCGGCAGCUUCCACCGAGUUGGAGAUCCGCACCCGUCGACUCAGGGAGAACAAGACGAGGAGGAGGUGUAUGAGAGCCAGGCCAGCCAGGCGGCGUCCGAGAUGCUCCGCCGCGAUCCGCAGGAGAGCUUUGAAGUUGUUGCCUCCCGCGACGUGACACCGAACCCUCCAUCGGCACCGGCCGAGAAGAGCGCUACGCUCCAGCAGACACUGUUUGCGGGAAUAGGGAGGAGUGGAGUCGACAUGGCUGCCGAGAAGAGGAAGUUUAGCGGCGGCGUCAACGAUACGCACAGACAAGAGAUGGCCAGCCCGCAUAAGAGGGCCAGAAUUGAUGGGAACUUGAGAGAAGGGGGUGUAGGUCUUGGCAUCUACGGUCAGGAUGCUUGA